AUGGACCCGGUGACGACUGAGCCGCUGUCCGAAGCAAUGAACCCCUUCAAUUCCAGUGUUCACCCAGAGAUUUUUCCAACCCACACUUUUGACGAUGCUCCUGUCCCUGAUGUCUUGCUCGUUCCUGGCGGCCUGGGUACCAGGGCUCCCUCAUUGAACCAUAUAAUCGAUUAUAUUGGAGUGGCAUACCCCAAAUUCAAGUACUUGAUCACAGUCUGCGCAGACGCUACCUGGGCUGGCAGGGCUGGCGUACUCGACGGUAAGCAGGCAACGAUGAAUAAAGCAUCAUGGAACAGUACAAUCACAUGGUGUCCGGAGGUGAAUAGGUGCCACAUGCCCGGUGGGUUGUCGAUGGCAAUGUGUACGUCGUCCGGAAUAUCCGCUCGCAUUGAUGCAACCGUAGCUUUCAUUAAACACCCAUAUGGAACGGAUACCACGAGAGUCACAAAGCUUAUGGAAUAUGAAAGGCGCGAAUAUCCAAACUGGGACCCUUUCUCUGAGAUUUUCCAUGUUCCUGGUGCUUAG